CUCUCUCUUCUCAGCUCCUCUACUCUUUCGCCCAUUCACUGUCUGUUAGGAAACAAAUCUGCCCCUGGACAUGCCAGGGCUUAAAAUAGAUGUUGAGACAGCAGCAUUUUUCCCUCCUUCAGCAGCAACAGCGUCAGUAGCAGCAACAGAAGCAGCAACAAGGAGAGUGGGCGAGAGGGAGAUGGCCGACUAGCUCAGACACCAGCCUCCAUCCCAGCUGAGAAAAUCACAGCCUUGAUAAAGCUUAGAAACCGACCGUGGGUGGUAGUCGCAGUAGAAGCUGUAUCCCGGCCCCAGCCCAGCCCCCUCAAGAGGCCCGGGAUGCAAGGGUGGGCUUGGUGGCACAAAUGGCUUUCAUGUCCCGGUUCUCCAGGAAUGGAUCCAGAGCUCCUGUCCAGAGGAUCCAUGAUGACACAGUUAGCCACCCCAUCCUCAGUGUCUUUGAGCUGGAAAGAUUACUCUACACGGGAAAGACAGCCUGUAACCAUGCUGAUGAGGUCUGGCCAGGACUCUACCUGGGAGAUCAAGAUAUAGCAGCCAACCGUCGUGAGCUGGCACGCCUGCAGAUCACUCACAUACUCAAUGCUUCACACAGCAAGUGGCGAGGAGGUGCUGAUUACUAUGAGGGCACCGGCAUUUGCUACAUGGGCAUUGAAGCCCAUGACUCUCCCACCUUUGACAUGAGCCCCUAUUUUGAGCCCGCAGCUGACUUCAUCCAGAAGGCACUGAGCAGGAGUGGAGGAAGGAUCCUGGUUCACUGCGCAGUGGGGGUGAGCAGAUCAGCCACACUGGUCCUUGCCUACCUCAUGAUUUACCACCGACUAACCUUGGUGGAGGCCAUAAAGACCGUCAAGGACCACAGGGGCAUCAUACCCAACCGAGGUUUCCUUCGCCAGCUGGCCGCCUUGGACAAUUCCCUCAGGCUGAAGCAGAAACCAUGAGCAGAUGGGUUGUACAAAAAUAAUCUGUUGGCAGGCCUGAGGCAAUUCUGGGUCACCUUUCAGGCUGUGACAUCCCUGAACUUCCACUGUUCCUGUACUACAGAAGUCCAACAAUAAGGCCUACAAGGCCAUCAUCCUCAAACGUUCUGUCAGAGUGUCAGCUAGAGGUGAACAAGCUCAGGUUUUCUGAGGUUUUCCUCCCUCCCUCCUUUCUUACUGGCUUUCAGAAGCCAUAAAAUGGGAUUCUUCUAGAUGACAAAUCCCAACAACAGACAGAGCUUUAAGCUGCCCUAGUUCCCUUAGAGUGAUGUGUGAUGUGGCCUCUUGCUUGCUUGUCACCUGUAUUGAAGAGCUUGGGUAGCUUCCUAAUGUAUUUUAACAGUGAGAAUAAAAUCUUGCAGUGAA